CGCGCGCUUCGAGAAUUCUGGGUCGGGCGUGACCCGGGUCGAGCCUCUCCCAAAUAUCUACCAACAUUUCCACUCCGUUACUGUCAGCGUUGCUUCCCUGGAAUCACAGCCACAGCUACUUAGAACACCAUUCGACUGUUUCCCCCCGCGUUGUGGCACCACCACCGUCCACCCAGUUUCGCAACCGGUCCCAUGGACAAAGAGCCGGCCAUGUCUGCAUCGACGCAGAGGGCCAUGAACCUCUUCCAGGUGUACCUGCGACUCAGGCCUCCACCCAACGGAGGCUCAGCUUCUGGGGAACGAUUUCUGACGGUCGAGAGACCGGAUGACGAAGCGGAGCCGCCCAAGCACAUCACGCUGAACCCGCCAAAUGAUCGACGACGCGCCAUCGAAAAGUUCGCCUUCACACAGGUUUUCGAGGAGGACGCGACCCAGCUCGACGUAUUCCACUGUACCGGAGUUGCGAACCUGGUCAAGGGCGUGCUUGCGCCGUGCGGCGGGGAUGGGACAGAUGCCUUGCUGGCUACGCUGGGCGUCACGGGGUCGGGAAAGACACACACAAUUCUCGGAUCACGAUCGCAGCGUGGCUUGACCCAACUCUCACUCGAUGUAAUAUUCCGAUCGCUAGGCCCCAACGUCCUAGACUGCGAUUCCGAUCCUGCCCUCGAGCAAUCGAUCAUCGCGUCCGAUCCAUCCGAGGCGGCCAUCUUUUCGGCGUCAACUUUCCUAGACAGCGUAUAUUCAGACGCGCCGCUGCCCUUCCGGGCCAGCGCAAGGGCGCAGACUCCCAUCAGUGCCGAGCCUCAUGGGCCAGGACAGACGCCGUCGCGCCGACUCCAUCGCCCUUCGUCCUUCCCGCAGCAGCCCGAUGUCAGUGCCCUGUCCGUGUCCUGCGAUCCCUCGUCCGAAUAUGCCGUCCUCAUCUCCAUGUACGAGGUGUACAACGAUCGAAUCUUCGACCUCUUGACGCCGGCGACAAAAUCAGCCUCGACGAAAGAGUACCGCCGACGGCCGCUGCUGUUCAAGUCGACCGAGGCGUCUCCCGAUCGGAAGGUCGUCGCAGGGCUGCGCAAGAUAAUCUGCGGGAGCCUGCACCAGGCAUUGCUGGUGCUCGAGGCAGGCCUGCAUGAGCGACGGGUGGCCGGGACUGGUAGCAACAGCGUGAGCUCGCGCAGCCAUGGCUUCUUCUGUGUGGAGGUCAAGAAACGAAGUAAGAGCAGGGGGAGGCUGGGCAGCGAAGCGUCCUGGAGCGGGAGCACUCUCACAGUGGUCGACCUUGCCGGCAGCGAGAGAGCGAGGGACGCAAAGACUGCCGGUGCGACCUUGGCCGAGGCCGGCAAGAUUAACGAGAGCUUGAUGUACCUUGGCCAGUGUCUGCAGAUGCAAAGCGACGCAGCAAACAAGGACAAGCCUAACUUGGUCCCCUUCCGGCAGUGCAAGCUCACCGAGCUGCUCUUUUCCAACUGUUACCCGUCCCCUUCUUCGUACUCCUCGGGCAGACACCGCAACCCGCAAAAAGCCGUCAUGAUCGUCACGGCCGAUCCCCACGGCGACUUCAACGCGACGUCCCAGAUCCUCCGAUACAGCGCCCUCGCCCGCGAGGUCACCGUGCCCCGCAUUCCCAGCAUCACGCAGACCAUCCUGACGGCAGCCGCCGCCGCCGCACAGGCACCGCGGCAAUGCUCCAGCCCGCUGGAGUCGCCGGUCCUCCAUUCCCGUCCCUUCUCGCCCCCCGGCUACCCGCAGCUCCUGUCGUCGCCCAACAUUGUCCGCAACGCCUCGCCCGUGGGUAGCCCCGGCAGCGACGUGCACCGGACCACCAUGGAGGCGGCCGCGCUCGAGAUCGCCCGCCUGUCGGAAGAAGUCGAGUAUCUCCGCCAGGCUCUCGACGCCGAACGGGCCGCCCGCGAGGAAGCGGAGUCGCACCUGCUGUCGAUGGAAGACCGCAUGAUUGAACUGGAGCAGGUGAUCCGCGAGGACUGCACCAACGAGUUCGAGCGGCGGCUCGAGAUCGAGAUGGCGCGAUGGCGCGCCAUCAUGCAGGUCGAGAUGGAGCGCGGCGAGGAGCACUGGGGCCGCAAGAUCGAGGUGUUUGAGCGCAGCAUGGGCUGCGUGGCCGUCGCGGCGCCGAGCGACGACGGCCUGCCCGGCGACGACGAGGACAAGGAGAACGUCCUCGUCGAGGACGUGCACCAGGAAAACGAGCGGCUGCGGCACGAGAACGAGGUCCUCCGCCGCGAGCUGGCGGCUCUGAGUCCCACCAAGCGGAUCCCGCUCCAGGAGCGCAGCAGUGACGCGAGCGUGGUGGCUGCUCGGGGCAAGCCGGCGGCGGAGACCGGGAGUCCCCGUCCCGCUUGCAAGGCCAAGGGAGGUGAUGAUGAGGCGAGCCUGCUGUUGAAGAUGGAGAAGCUGCGCGUUAGUGACGACCAGGCUUCGGUGCGCAGCUCAGCGGCGAGUACCAGCCCGAAGAAGAUGCGCAAGCUGGCCCCCAAGCGGUGGAAUGCGAUUGGGGAUAAUGGUGACGACCUGUUCUGAGUGAGGCAUCAGAGGCUGGGCUUGGAAGAGCGGUUACUGGGCGGUAAACACUGCUGGACGGGUUGGAUUAUUCGAGAUACCACUGGGUUAUGGUCGCUGGCUGGCGCAUGUCUGGAGUCUCGGGUACACAGUGGGACGAUGUUGGGGUAUCUGUGGGAAGUAUGGUACGACUGUAAAUGGUAGCUACGACUUCCUUCUCCUACACGCUACCGUCAUGAGGCCCCGUGCUUUACUUGGCCGCGAGUUGGGAUGUGGGAGAGCUCCGUUUGGCUGAGAUUGGAUCCGAGGGGCCAGGGGGACAUUUCGCCAGUGUGGAGAAACACUGCUGCGAGGGACGGCAAGGCAGUUACCUCUCUCCUUCCCCCCUGAACGGGCGAGAAUAACGGCAGUUGCGAUCCGGCUGACAGUAGGUGCGGCUCGACAUGCAGCUGGAACAAUUCGGAGUCUCUGGUUGUCUUCCGUGCUCUCCGCGUGCAACCAUCUUGCAGCUAUUCAACGGCAUUCCUUAGACCGCAUCGCCUUUGCCUUCCUCACCUUGUCAAUGCCUGCAUUAUCGCUGAC